CACAAGUGCUUUUGUCUUCAACAGCAUUAACAAUUGAAGAGCUGGCCUAUCACAGUGACUUGGGUAUCCUUCCUGAACUGCGGCGUUGCCAAUGGAACACACGCUGGCUUGACCUGCUGCUUUGUUCCAAAUCAGCAAAGAGCUGGAUCAGUAACAAGCAAUAGCUCCACUUUCUUUGUAUCGCACCAGGCUGAAAGGCCUCUGGGCGCAGACAGUCACAUGAGCCCUUGGAGGCAUUUUAAGCAAAUAACUCUGCCUGCCAGUGGCUCAGUACACUUCUACUGCUGCUCUUCAUUCCUGCAGACAUGACUCCCAUAGCCAAAACCUUUUAUGACCUCAGUGCCACUGACAUCCAUGGGGAAAAAGUGGAUUUCAACAAUUUCAGGGGGAGAGUGGUCUUGAUAGAGAAUGUGGCCUCCCUCUGAGGCACAACAAUGAGAGACUACACCCACAUGAACCAGCUGCAGAGCAAAUAUCCUCGGCGGCUGGUCGUGCUGGGAUUCCCUUGCAACCAGUUUGGCUACCAGGAGAACUGCACUAAUGAAGAGAUCCUCAACAGCUUGAAAUAUGUGCGGCCUGGGUCUGCAUUUGAACCCAAUUUCAUACUUUGCCAGAAAUGUGAGGUGAAUGGCAAGAACACCCACCCUGUCUUUGCCUACCUGAAAGAUAAACUUCCAUACCCAGAUGACAACCCCUCCUGCUUGAUGAUGGAACCCAAGUUCAUCAUAUGGAGUCCGGUAUAUCGCAAUGACAUCUCCUGGAACUUUGAGAAGUUCCUUGUGGGCCCUGAAGGGGAGCCUUUCAAGCGCUAUAGCCCUAAAUUCCUCACCACCAGCAUUGAGCCUGACAUUCAACGACUCCUGAAGCUUGCCAAAUAAGAGUCACAGGGAAGAGCUGAUGAUGUUAU